AUGUAUACACAAUUCCUGUUUUCAACAGAAAAGGUCAAGAUGGCUGAGGGAAAUCAAACCUUGACAACUGACUUUAUCCUCAUUGGAUUUACAAAUCACACAGAGAUGAAGGUCAUGUUAUUUGUGGUAUUGCUUGUAAUCUAUCUGAUAACCAUUGUUGGGAAUCUUGGGCUGGCAAUAUUAAUUUCAACUGAACCUCGACUUCAUACACCCAUGUACUUCUUUCUUGGUAACCUGGCUCUUAUGGAUGCUUGCUGUGGCUGCGCUGUAACUCCCAACAUGCUGGUGAACCUCUUUUCCAAGGAAAGGAUGAUUUCCAUCUAUGAAUGCAUGACACAAUUUUAUAUUCUUUGUGUGAUUGAAACUUCAGACUGUUUUCUUCUGGCAGCCAUGGCAUAUGACCGUUAUGUGGCCAUCUGUAAUCCACUGCAUUAUCCCAUCAUGAUGUCAAAGAAGCUCUGCAUUCAGAUGCUCAUUGUGUCAUAUAUAGGUGGUAAUCUGACUUCUGCAGUUCAUGUAGGUUUUGUAUUCAGAUUAAUUUUCUGUGGGUCCCAUCGAAUAAAUCAUUUUUUUUGUGAUGUAAUUCCAUUGUUCAGACUGUCCUGUGUUGACCCUUAUAUUAAUGAACUAAUGAUGUAUAUAUUUUCAGGCUCAAUUCUAGUCUUCACCAUAGUCAUUAUCUUAGUUUCAUAUCUUUACAUCCUUUUCACUAUCUUCAGAAUGAAAUCCAAAGAGGGGCAAGGUAAAGCUUUUUCUACUUGUGCAUCCCAUUUUGUAUCUGUCUCGAUAUUCUAUGGUUCUCUUCUCUUCAUGUAUAUUCGACCAGGUUCUGUUAAUGAAGGAGAUAAGAACAUGCCAGUUGCUAUUUUUUAUACCAUAGUCAUUCCCUUUCUAAACCCUUUUAUUUAUAGCCUGAGGAACAAGGAAGUAAUCAGUGUCAUGAGAAAGAAUCUGAAGAAAAAAAUAUCUUGGGAUAUAUGA